UGUGUGUGUGUUACCUUCAUGGAGGCCUUCAGCUCCGAGGCGUCGUACUGAGCCGUACUCUUCAUCAGACCCAACAUGAGAGACUCCAGAGAGCCGGAGAGAGCAGACUUCAGAGAGCUGAUGAGGUUCUAAUCCCGUUAUCCAGGAGCCGGUUCCUGCUAAUCCUGCCACUGACUCCAUGAGGCUCCGCGGAACGCUGCCGGGACCCGACUGAAGACCAGAGGAUGUUGAGUUGGGUGGUGAAAGUCGUUCCUCAUCCACCUGAACCUCCGGCCAGAAGCAGUGAGCAGCAGAGAGAAGCGCCGCCCCCCGUCGAGAAGAAGGUCAAGUUUCAGGAUGAAGUCCAGCUGGAAGCUCUGAAGCGAGAACCGACCCGACAGGAAGUAGAACCAGCAGCCGGGAACGGUCCGGUACCCCCGCUCCAGUCCGUGUCUCAGACCGGCGUUCUGACGUGGAUCAGCAGUGCUCUGCCUCAACCCCCCUCCUCCCCGAAACCGGCCCAGGCCAAGUCCAGCACUGAGGACGAACCUUCAGCGUCCAGCAGUAGACCAGAAGACGAGACCGGGGUUCUGGCCUGGUUCUCUCAGGGUCUGGAGAAAGUGGUUCCUCGACCCGAACUGAGGAUUAAAGAAGCUCCAGCAGCAGCAGAGCAGGAGGAGGAGGUGUGUGUUGCUGCAGCGGCUCCAGAGCCGCUGGACGGAGACCAGGCCAGAACCUUCCCCCCCAGCAUGAUGCAGUGGGUCCGGCUGGGUCUGCAGAAAGUGGUUCCUCAGCCGGAGACUCUCGUCCCAGAAGAAGCUGAAGCUCCGCCCACAACGACCAACACGUCAACCUCUGAACCAAUCAGGAUGAUGGGCUGGAUCGAGCGCAUGCUGCCCCAGCCGGUGGUCAAGACGGACACAAAGAGUGACGACGUGAUACAGAUCUGCCCGAUGCAGAAGGAGACCGACUUGGUUCUGGAGGACGUGGAGGACCGGGAGGACCAGGUCCAGAACUCGGACCCUCCGGGCUCCCUGAAGGAGGAAGCAGGUCACAUGGAGGAACGGCUGGAGGCGGCCCGCCUGGCGGAGGCGGCAGCCUGCAGGGCGGCGCAGGAGGCGGUGCGGCAGCUGGAGGCGGAGCAUUCGGCCCGGAUCGUCAUGGAAACGCUGCCAGACAACGAGCAGUUGCCCAACAUCCUGGAGGAGGAGAACGAGGACGACCCGGAGCUGCAGAAGCUGCAGGACGACAGCGACGACGGUUUGAAUCCCGACGAAGCCAAAGGCUGUGCUGGGGAGCAAGGCACCGUCCUCCUGCUGGACGUCUGUCCCGCCUCCCCGUCCUCCACCGACGCAGAACCGGCCUCGGAGAACCGGGACCUGGAGACCCCGGCCUCCCAGCCAAUCACAGCGCAGCCGGGAGCCGCGGAGGCCCCGCCCCCCUCCGCCGGCCAGGUGAGCGGACGGAGGUGGAGAACGUGUUCCGUGUCCCUCGUGUCUCUGACGUCCCGCUGUCCACCGUCCCUCCGCAGACGGAUGAAGCUGGAGCGCAGCGCGGAACCGCCGCAGUUUGUCCUCCGGUCUCGAGCUUCCUGCUUGGCUUGCCGCUGGCUGCUGAUUGGCUGCGCCGCUGCCCCACCCCCGCGCCGCUGCGCCGCCUGGUGGAGGAGCUCCAGCAGGAGGCGCUGCUGCUCUGCAGCAGCUUCAAAGGCCUUCAGUCCAGCUCCCAGCAUGCUCAGCACCCCCAAGACCCGCCCCUGCAAGCUCCGCCCCCUCACACCUGAGUAGAGCCUAGAGGAGACCUGCAAGUGCCUCUUCCUCCUCCUCCUCCUCCUCCUCCUCCUCCUCCUCCUCUUCUUCCUGCUCCUCUUCCUCCUCCUCUUCCUCCUCCUCCUCUUCUUCCUGCUCCUCAUCCUCCUCCUCUUCCUCCUCCUCCUCUUCUUCCUGCUCCUCAUCCUCCUCCUCUUCCUCCUCCUCUUCCUCCAGCUGACCUCUGAUCCUUCUACUAACCUCGUUAAGUCGACUCGUCCUGUUGUGUCUUGAUCGGUUUGAGAGACUAGUUAAAGUUAACUCAAACAUUCCCUCCGGCUGGUUUAUCCCCCUUAACUAGUUGACUCCUCCACACUGGUUAACUCCCUCUAACCAGUCUGAUCCAGAUAACUAGUUAUUCUCCUCAGCCCGUCGACUUCCUGUACCUCAGGUUUGUUUCCCGGAUUCAGUCGGGUUCAGGUUAGUUAG